GCAUGUUUCUUCUGUGCUAUGCCACUGUCCUGAACCCUGUUUCUGCUAUGCAAAGUUGUGAUUUUCCGGCAAUUUUUAACUUUGGCGACUCGAAUUCGGACACUGGUGGACUUGCUGCAGCCUUCAAUUGGACCAAGACACCUUAUGGAGAAACCUUCUUUCGCAUGCCAUCAGGGAGGUUCUCAGAUGGACGUCUCAUCAUCGAUUUCAUCGCUACAAGUUUUGGACUCCCAUUUCUCGGUGCUUAUCUCAAUUCUUUGGGGUCCAACUUCACCAAUGGUGCAAAUUUCGCCACUGCAUCAGCAACCACCACACCACCACGGUCCAUUAUUCCAGUGGGCGGAGCCAGCCCCUUCUACUUAGAUGCACAGUACUGGCAGUUCACACAAUUCAUAUACAGAUCACAAAUUAUCAAGAAAAUAGGAGGGAUAUACAAGGAUCUAAUGCCCGAGUUGGAAGAUUUUCCAAAAGCCUUGUACACAUUUGAUAUUGGUCAGAAUGACCUAGGUCAAGGUGUCUUUAGUAACAUUUCCAUAGAGGAAGUGAAUGCUUCUGUCCCAGAUAUAGUAAACAGGUUCUCUACAAACAUCAAGAAUAUAUACAAGUUGGGAGCUAGAUUGUUUUGGAUCCACAACACAGGACCGAUUGGCUGCCUUCCCUCUACCUUGGCAACUUUUCCAGCAGCUCAAAUGGACAGUGCCGGCUGCGUGAGGCCUUACAAUGAGUUAGCUCAGCACUUUAACUACAGGUUGAAGGAGGCCAUUGUGCAACUCAGAAAGGACCUUCCUCUAGCUGCAAUCACAUAUGUUGAUGUGUACUCUGUCAAGUUCUCCCUCUGUACUGAACCACAAAAAUAUGGGUUUGAGCAUCCACUUGUUGCUUGCUGCGGCUAUGGAGGGAGGUACAACUUUAGUAGUGUGGGACUUUGUGGAGAUACUGUCACUGUUAAUGGCAGCAAAAUAUUCAUCGGUUCGUGUGAACGCCCCUCGGUUCGAGUAAACUGGGAUGGAGUUCACUACACUGAGGCAGCAGCUAAGUUUGUCUUUGAUAAAAUUUCCACGGGAGAAUUCUCAGAUCCACCAGUUCCCUUGAGAAUGGCAUGUCACAGCAAAUUGGACUAAAGUUUCUCAAUGUAUAGUACAAUGCGCUUCAGCA